GCGAAGAUCUUCUUCUCGCCGCGGAGCAGUGUUCGCAGGGUUCAUCUCCUUCUCGUCUGGGACUUCUUCAAUGUCUUCGUCGAUCAUCGCUGUGGAUCUUGUCGCUCUCCUUCUCGCCGCGGAUCCGUAUCGCCCCUUCGGAGGUCCGGCGUCGCUUAGUCGCGAAGAUCUUCUUCUCGCCGUGGAGCAGUGUCCGCAGGGUUCAUCUCCUUCUCGCGUUCGCGUCGACGUCGAGCUAGUGUGUGUGGCGAGGGCGGACCCCUCUGUCUUUGUCGCCGCGGAUCUCUCUCGCCACUUGGGGGUUUGCCGUCGUCUGUGUCGUCUUCUUCUCGUCGCGAACCAGUCUCGCCGGUGUCGCCCAAGUACUUCGGUACACGUGGACGCAUUGCUCCCCAGGGUGGCAAAGGCGCUUGUUCGUCGUCGGUGCGAACGCAUGCGUAGCCACAGACGGCCAUUGACAGAGACGGGAAGCAUGUCUGCGCGAGGUGGCGCUCGUGGCAAGAAGCGGGAAAACAUCCCUGCGGACACUCAGGGGCGGGAAAGGGGUCGGCGGCAUGUCCCCAAGGCGAAGAGGCUCCGUUCGGAAGAAGCAUCAGCAAGCCUGCCUCUUCGGCGAGGGCGAAGUUGGGCGGCAGCCAACGAAGAGGAAGAUGACGACGUGUUCACGACGGAGGAGGAAGCAGCAGAGGACAACGUGCCGGUGCCUCGGGGAAGCAGUCUUCAACGCUCAUCUGAUCAGAGCGGUGCGAGGAGAUUGCUGACGCCACUUCCGGAGGCGCAACAAGUGUGUGCCCACAACACCGCGAAGGCGAAGGAGGUUGUCGUCGACGUCGGCAGCGAGGGUGACGAGCCCUUGGAAAGCCGUAGGCAGCGCAAUGUCACACAAGGCGCCAUGGCGACGGCAGUCAGGAUACGCGCCGCGACUGAAGAAAGGCCACCUCAGGGUGGCCUGCGCUCCACGUCGUCCCAGCCGCGUCCUCGCAACACGGCUGCAGAGGGAGGCUCCAUGGAACGCGGGGGAGGGGAGGGGGCCCAACAAGAAGCGUGCGUGGCGAGUGGGGGGGCGAUCGCUGGUGCAGCCGCGGGGUCUUCGGGCAAUGUUGCUGCCGUGGCGAGGGCGAGAGAGGAGGUCCCAGUUGUGGAGCGGGAGGCGACGCGCGACAACAACAAGGGUGAAAGGGAGGAUGAAGACCCCCUUCUAAGUCGGGUUCGGAGGGGAGGGAUGGCGAAAUAUCUGGCCGAGUGUGCCCACCUGUGGGUGGAUGACAAAGCAUUCUGGACGACGGGGGAGGGGCGAAGGCUGUACAACAUCGUCCACGAAACGAGGGAGUACUUUGUCGCCAUCGCCAGCGGGCUGCAAACGCCCGUCGUGCCCAGGAGCGUCGUUAUGCCGAAAUCCUCCACGACCCUGAUAAGGAUUGCAGAUCCCGCACAACUGCAGCAGGCGAUCGCCCGCGCGACGGCAGCGGAGAAUAUUGCUCUGCGCGUCUUGCACGGAUCGGUCUUCAAGUCCGGGAACCGCUCCCGAGGAUUCAAUGUCGCUUUCCAGUGUGCGUUGGAGUCGGUGGCGACGGACAUUGUGCGCGUCGUGUGGUACGGCGAGGAGUGGAGCAACGUCGUUAGCGCGGCCGUUUGCGCGCACACAAUCGACCUCAACAUGGACUUGCCACUGUGGUUUGCGAGCGCGAACAUCGAGGACAAGCUGGAGGACGACGACAUGGCGGCGCACCAGGAGGCGACCGUUAUAUGCAUCGCACAUGCAUUUCGCGCUGCGGUGCAAAUGGGUGGCAACGUCGACGGCGGGUUCAUCUCGCACGAUCGUCUGUCAAGAAUUGCGGAUUGCUUCAAGCUUUUGUUGGCUGCCAGCAUGUGGUUGAUGCGCAUGGCGGGAGACGAUCCGCGCAGCCACUACGAAGCCUUUUACUUCGCGAAACUGGUCGCGAAGCCCACGCUCGUCGCGUCCAUGCAUCGCGCCUUUGAUCAUCGAUGGUCCGUCAUCCGAGCCACGAACGUCGUCACAGGGAGACUAGGGAAGGCGAACGCCACAUUCGGAGACUACCCGAAGUACAUCCCCGACUAAGCUUCCUGCGGCAUCGUCUUCGGGCACGAUGCGACCAUAACGGGGCCAG